AUGCGCUAUCCAACUUGGAUGCACUCCUUAUCAGCGUACCUUUUAAUUUUUGCUUUCGGGAUACAAUGUAAAGCGAUCCCAUCCCCUUCCGCAGCAGGCUCACCCCUCGAAUUCAAAUCGGCAGCUGCGCAGAAAUAUAUGGUGCCCCGGAAACUGCCCUUGAUGGACUUUUUGCUUCCCCAAACAUAUGCUGGAUUGUUGAAGCUUUCCGAGAAACCUGACGAAACAGAACAAUUGUUCUUUUGGUUCGUGCCCACUGAAAACCUCGCCGCGCAAAGAAACUUGGCCUUGUGGACCAAUGGAGGACCUGGAUGCAGCUCUCUGCUUGGCGCAUUCCAAGAAAAUGGACCUAUAAUGUGGAAAAGGGGUAGUCCCAAAGCUACCCUAAAUCCGAAUUCCUGGUCUCGAGUCUCUCACAUGCUUUACCUUGAGCAUCCAGUCAACGUUGGAUUUAGUACUGGGAAGGUCGUAAUCAAUAAUGAAAAACAGGUCGCGGAUUAUAUGUUCAAAUUUCUGACAAAUUUCCUUAAAAUCUUUCCCGAAUUGAACUCGGCAAACUUUUAUCUAACGGGGGAGUCAUAUGCUGGAAUGUAUUUGAGUUACACAGCCAACUUGAUCUACACCAGGCAAUCUGAGUUGGCAUUGAAACUACAAGGUGUACUUUUCAUUGACGCGGUUCUGUCACCCUCUGUAUUUCAAGAGGAUGUUCCUAUCUACCCUUUUGUGAAAUUGCAUCAAGAUAUCUUCAAGCUCAGUCCUACAUUUAUGAAAGAACUUGAAACUGCCCACAAAACGUGUGGAUACGCCGACUACCUCGAGAAGUUCCUGAAAUACCCUGCUCCAGGAAAAUUUCCCGAUAUAUCAAAAGUCAACACAAAAAAAGAAUGCCAGCUAUGGGACAAGGUGUCCAAGGUUGUACCCGACGAUUUCGACUUCUACAACAUUUACAAUAAAGAUCGUGGAGUAGAUCCUCUCUUCUCCAAGCAUACCUAUCUCGACCGCCCGGACGUUAGAAAGGCCUUGAAUGUUGCUAAUGCCCCCCCUUGGGUCGGAUGUUCCGAAUCCAAGACCAUUUUUCCCGACAAUGACUCUUCACCUGACCCUUCAGGCAAAGUUCUGCCUAAUGUCAUUGCCAAAAGCAAGAGGACCAUUGUUGCACACGGGAAGUUCGACGGUCGACUCCCGAUUCAAGGAAUUAGUCUGGGCCUACAGUCGAUGACAUGGGCAGGAAAGCAAGGCUUUACAAAGCCUAUCGAUGUGGAUUUCAAAGUUGAUGGCAAGUCAUUGGGGAAUUUUCGCACCGAGCGUGGUCUCACUUAUGUACAAGUUUCUGAAGCUGGCCAUAUGAUCCCACAAGACGCACCGGUGGCUGCCUUGGCUAUCUUCGAGUACCUACUGGGUAAUCGUGCCAGUCUUUAA